GUGCGUGCGCCAUGCAGCUUGCUCUCUGGGAGCAGCGGUUGGCGCAGACCUCCUCAUGGCACCAUUUGAGUUGACAGGUCCUCAUAACUUCUCCAAACAUUGACGCUUGCGUUGCUGACAAAUACUGACGUCAGGACCGCGCAGUGACGUAGUGGUGUCAAGAAGUGUGGAGUCCUGACACUUGCGCCCGGCGCAGCCAUGAUUGCUGAGAGCCCGGCGCCCACGUGGGCCGAUGUCAUGCCACGUCAUCAAGGCAUGGGCGCGCAACCCCAGGGAAGGAGCCCAUCUCCGGAAGAUCACUCCCCCCCUGGCUUCAAGCUUGACGCCAUAGCUGUCUUCCAAGACAGGGAGAAGCAGGAGAACAUUCGGAGCGUGCAAAUAUAUUCUCAGGGGGGCCAAUACAUGGCUCUGCAACAAGGUUUCUCGCUCGUACCCACCGGCUACUACGCCCUUCACGAGCCAUUCGGAAUAUUCUUUUCCAGCGAAGCGGAGUCGCUGCGCUUCAUGGUCCGCCAGAAGGCCGACAGGGACUGGACUUGCAUCCUCGACUACGCAGACUACUUGCCGGCGCCUGCGUCGAUCAACCCGCUGCUAUCUCCAAAAAGCAACCCGCUUCUCAACAUGCUGCCGACGAUUGCGAACGACCUCACUUACGUGGAAACCGUGAUAGAGCUCGCGAAGCUGGGCGGGCAGCCGGCUGAGAGCGCCUCCGCCGCGUGCUCAAAGACGUCGUUUGCCACAGCCGGUUUUGGCAGCAAUUGGGCGCGCACGCCAGAGUGCCGCAGCUUCGAAGAGCUGAUCCUCCGAAGCCCCAGCCCCCCUGGAGAGAUGGAGCCUAUUCCGGAAGUUCUCGGUAGCUUUUCACUCAGCGCGCCGCCGCCGAACCCCUCUGUGGCGCCUCCAAAGGAGAACCUUCAUCCACUGUUCCCAAAGGCCCCAAGCGCCCCCCCGGUGCCCGUCUCCAACGGCUUCAACACAGCCGACUCCUUCACACUAACCUUCCCUCCCCCCCUCCCGGCCCCGCUCACCAAUUUCGUCCCCCCCCCUCCCACGCCCACCAAACCCGACGCUGCCCAGUACGGCCCUGCGCGCCUCCGACUGGCCCCCCCCCCGGAGUUCCUGCACUCGUUCUCGGGCCCCCCCCCGCGCAAACUCUCGUCGCCCAUGGGCACCGUCUUCCUCAACAUCCGCGCGCCCAAGAAGCUCAGCCCCCGGUUCGGGGGCCCCGGGGAUGCCCCCCGCGAAGAACCGAGCACGAGCAGCGCCACGAGCAACCUCAAAGGGCCUUCCGCCGAGGCCCCCCAGUCGGCCCUUUCCAAAGUGGCUCGAGCCGAAAACGCCCCGGGGGGAUCCCCCGAGGGUCAAGUGCGGGCGGAAGAGCUGGAGCUCCCAAUUCCCCGGCAGGGGGUCAAGCUGACGAGGGCCGAGAAGGCCGCGAUCUCCUCAGGGGACACGUGGCAGCAAUCGAAGGCCCCAGGGGACGAGACGAGCCCGAUACGGGGGGCUGGUAACCGGGCUAUACGAGAGGGUGACCCCACCUCCCCGGCGCAGCUAAAUCUGGGAGGCACCUUCCUUUCCAUCUACCGGUCGCUGCAAGGGGAGGACCUGGCGUCGCUGCAGGGGGGGGGCGAGAUCCGCCUCCCGUGCGAGCCCCCCGAAGUGGAGAGCUCGGACUCGGGGGAGAAGUCGUGGCCCGGGGAACCGACCAUCUCGUCGCUGCUCCCCGCCUGCUCCGACCCGGUGUUCCUCGAGCUGGAGGAUCUUCCGGGGGCCAACAAUUGCCCGGGGAUUAGCAACCGGGCGGAAGAGAUGGACUGCGUGGAGACCAGACACUGCCCGGAGGACGCCAACCGGGCGCAGGAGGACGCCGGGGGAUCCCCCCGGGCCGCGAGCAGCUCUGAGAGCUCCCAAGAAAUGGAGCUCGACACUGGCGCGCCGGGCGAGGCCGAGUCGAGUCCGUACCCGCUGAAAGGCCCCGUUCUGAGCGGGCUCACGCCCGCCAAGUCGCGGUUCCGCCCCCCGGACGGAUUCCGGGCGCCGCUGAAGCGGGCCGGAAAGCUGACGGUGGAGGACCUGACGCCGUACUUCGACAUGCCCAUGUCGGAGGCAUGCAAGGCCCUGGGGAUCGGAUCCACUGUGCUGAAACGGCGCUGCCGCGACCUGAACAUCCCCCGGUGGCCGUACCGCAAGGUGAAGAGCAUCGAGGGGCUCAUCCGAGCGAUCAACGAGUUGGGGCCGAGCGCCGAGGGAACUUCGGCCAAACAGGUCGAGGAGACUCUGCAGCGGCUCGAGGGCGAGAAGAAGCGCAUCUCUGAGUCUCCCGGCCUGACGAUGGCCCAAGAGACCAAAAAGUUCCGCCAGGCCUGCUUCAACGCCAGCCACAAGGCCAAGAAAAGCUCCAAAACGUCAGCCGGCAGCCGGUGCUGACGUCCGCAAACGCACCCAGUGUCAUGGCGUCCACAAAACGGCGGGGGAAGAAAGGGUCUGUUUUGAAAGGAGAAGAAAUUAGUACGCGUCAGAACAGGCUGUUCUGAUGCAAAUGUUUCAGCCGCUGCUGACCUCAGGAGAGCACUCCCCCUGAAAGGGGAUUUGUAAACAGCCCAUCUCAGCUAGAAUGAGGUUCGGAGCGUUGUAUUUGUUCUUUGGGAGCGAGUCGCUCAUCUAGAGAGGCUCCGCAGUUUUUGUGUGUAAUAAAAGUAAUAAAGUGGGUGCGUCGGUCAGGUCAGGUUCUGUACAGGUCGGUAGAAACUGAGGGGGUGCUCGGGGCCGACGUUCCGCGGCUGGUUUCGGUCACGGUUAAGCUAAACGACGAGGGUUUAUGGUACGUAAAGACGCCCGGUAACCCAUUCGCAGUGUGUAAUAGUCCCGGGUUGCUGACUACAUUAGCUGGUUUAGGUGACGUUUGUGUUAACGGUGGUGUUUGCUUACCUAAACUUGUGGUCAAAGACUUCCUGCUAGGUUAACGACUUGCUUGGGGAAAUGAUCUGAUUGCUUAAGGUGCAUUUCUUGGUAGGACGUGGAGACAGUCAAAGCGCCCCGGCGUCAACCGGGUUGGAGAGGACGUCAAACGUAGAUUAGCAAGUUUUGGGAAGCUUGAAACCCAC